UUUCAACCUGGACACAGUGUACUCGGCUUCGGAGAAGAAAGGUUUUAACGAGAUAAAUACGGUAGGCACCGGACUGUACCAUGAUAUACCGGUUGCCCUGUGUUCUGUUUGUCAUCUUAAGUGUGAGCAUAGGCAAGGGUCAGCCAGUUGAGGUUAGCUACAGCAGCCAAGAUGUUGAAGGUCAAAUCCUACCUGACCUUGUGAACGUGACCUUGACGACAGACACCAACACGAGCCACCUGCAGCUGAGCCGUGUCGAGCACAUCCACCUGGACAUCCCACUGUACUCACUCAGUGUCGACUCGAAUGGAACUUUUUCUCAGAGACGAGAGAGCUCACGUCACAGGAAGAACGUCGGCUACUACCAGGACGCCAAAACCCAGGCCGUGUUCCAGCUGACAAGAACUAACAGUGUCAGGGAGAGGACGUCCAAGUUGUCGAUAAUGGGAGAAUUCAAACAAAACAACCAGAAAUACUUCCUCAAGCCGGAAGUGACGUCAACAGAUCAAGCAACAACCACGACAAGUUCUCCCCUAGCUAGUGUCGUGUACACGAUAAAACGAAGCAAAAAACAACCCUCUAAUUUGAUGGACUACGCUAUACCCCCGCCGGAAUCUCCUUUGAAGAGACGACGAUACAAUCAACCCUCGAACGUCACCUGGGACCAUUCCCCUCCACCCAAGCGUGGCAGACGAGGGGUCGACUCGACCUAUUACAUUGACGUCAUAGCUGUCAUCGAUUUUGCUGCAUACAAUCUUUUUUACCAGAGGUAUUACAACAGGACAAAAGCUAUGGAGGACAUACACGAAUAUUAUGCCUACACCUUCAGUGCGAUAGACCUGCUGUACCAGGGUAUAACCUCAGUACCAUACAAGAUCAGAGUUCGUUUAAACAAGAUCUUUGUAGCUGAAACAUCGUCGUCUUCAAAUUUUACAACUGACUACGCUACUCAAAGAAUGUUGGACGCUGACGAUAGUUUGGGGGCGUUUAAUUCCUUUGCUGGCAAAAGUGAUUUGCUCCAUGCGUACGAUCAUGCCAUGCUGUUCACUGGAUUCAAUUUAAGUACUAAAGACUCAGGCCCUAAUGUUGUAGGUUAUGCUUAUAUUGGUGGCAUGUGUCGGACUGACGGCUCUAGCACGUCCAUCAUUGAGGACAUGGCGGACUAUCAGGCCAGCAACACAGCUGCCCAUGAACUGGGACACAGCCUCUCAGCCCAACAUGACGGUGAUAAAAACGAGUGCAGUGGCAUUUUUCGUUACAUUAUGGCGGCGUCCGUACUUUCUAAAGAGACGCCUGCUACCGCGUACAACCCUUGGCAGUUUUCAUCAUGCAGCAUCCAAUACUUCACGAGUUUCAUAGAGGAACAGCUGAAAACAAUAAGAGGCUACUACUGCUUGACUAAAGCGAUUCCCAUCGAACAAGAUAUUCCUUACGCAGGAGACCAGUUUCCGGGACAAGUGUACUCCCCUGAUCAACAGUGUCAAAUGGUCUACGGUUCUGGAUCUUUCUUUUGUCGUAACUUGUAUGUGAAUAACACAGAGAGCAUAUGUCACCAAACCUACUGCGCUGAUCCAGAGGAUACAGAUACGUGUUAUGUGUCAGGAAAUAUCUUUGCUGUUAGAGGAACUACCUGUGGGAACGGAAAGAUUUGCGUUAACGGCCAUUGUGUCGCCCACGUAAAGGCCCCGCAAGCUGACGAGACGUGUUUGUACGGUGACCAGCCUGGACAAUUUGGAAAUUUCUCGUCAUGUCAAGCAUUUGUGGACGACUUUAUCGGCUAUUGUUACCGAGACGACUUAAGGGCAGCCUGCUGUGCUUCCUGCAUAGCUGUGAGAAAAAACAUUCAAGAUUGUGAGAAUGACGAUUAUUAUAGCGAUUGUGAGGUAUCGUCUUGCUUGAACGCAACAUUGAAAACACAAUGUUGCAAAACAUGUAACGUUGGUGUCCCAUACACGACACAAACUACGAAAAUGACACCAAAAACCACCGCAGCCAAAAUAUGUGUAGAUGAUCCAACAUUCACUUAUAGAGAUGGACAAUGUGAGUCCCUAGUACAGAACUAUCCUAGCAUGUGUGACGAGGUGGAGGUCAAGCGCGCGUGUUGCGUAUCUUGUCAAAAGGUCAACACUACAGCUGAUGCUUGUCUAGACGACACUGAGUACCGGUACAACGGACAAACAUGUUCCUCUGCUGUACGCAAGUCCCGCGCCCUAUGCAAGGACUGGGACUUUGAGCGGAUCUGCUGCAAAUCUUGUCUCAAUGUAUCUUGGGGCAGCAAGUUACAGGUUCCUGUUCUUCUGGCACUGAUGAUCACUUCUUUGGCUGUAUGCGUCCUUAUACAAUAAAAUAUUACUUAAGCAUUUCUGCAGUACCGCUCGAUUUGUUUGCUUAACUAUUCAAAAUAUUUAUUUUUUUACAU